AAAAUAAGGGGAGGGACUGAACCCCGCAGGAAGCUGGAGGGCAGAGCUUCGUUUCAAUAAAGUCCCUGGUGUCCGUUGCCUGCUUUUAUCUCUAUGUUCUGGUGAGUGAAAUCUGUUGUCAUGCACAGCGAGAGGAGGAUUUGAUAAGAAAGCAGCAGUGAGCCGUUGGUAACCAGAGCAGCAGCAGCAGGAGGCAAGAGGAUGCACCGGAGGAGGCAGAAAGUUUUAAAGAAGUUAGUUUUUGGAUGAAGUUCAAGUUGCAUUUUCAGAAUUUGACAAUGCUGUUCCAACUUCUUUCAAGUGCAAGCAAGUUUACAACUCUGGACUGGAAAUACUGGCGUUAAGAAGAGUUGCUGAAGUGAAGUACGUUUGGACACAACCAUGAAUAAUCAGUCGAUGACAGGGAGGACCAUGGUCCCGACUAUUCCGUCCAUUAUGUUCAUUUUCGGGGUGGUUGGCAAUGUCAUUGCCAUCGUGGUUCUCUGUAAAUCCCGCAAAGAACAGAAGGAGACUACGUUUUAUACGCUGGUGUGUGGACUGGCUGUCACGGACCUCUUGGGCACACUGCUGGCCAGUCCGGUCACCAUCGCCAUUUAUGUGAAAGGUUCGUGGCCCGGAGAGGACCCGCUGUGCCAAUACUUUGGUUUCACCAUGCUCUUCUUCUCUCUGGCCGGGCUCAGCAUCAUCUGUGCCAUGUCAGUGGAGAGGUACAUCGCUAUAAACCAUGCCUACUUCUACAAUGACUUUGUGGACCAAAAACUGGCAGGGUUGACUCUCGUAGCGAUCUACGUCUCCAACGCGCUUUUCUGCGCUCUGCCGAUUAUGGGCUUUGGACAGGUGAAGAAACAAUACCCGCAAACUUGGUGUUUUCUGGAGUGGAGGAGCAACAAGACCAGCGAUGCCGCCUACUCCUACAUGUAUGCGGGGUUCAGCUCUCUGCUCAUUCUCGUCACUGUUAUUUGUAACGUGCUGGUGUGUGGGGCUUUGAUUCGGAUGCACCGGCGCUUCGUGCGCAGGAUGUCACUGGGAACCGAUCUGGGGCGCAACGUGGACCCGCGGAGGAGAGGACGCAGCUUUGGUCGUCUGGCUGGUGCAGAGAUUCAGAUGGUCAUUUUGCUCAUAGGCACAUCGGUAGUGAUCCUCAUCUGCUCCAUCCCACUUGUCGCUCAGGUGUUUCUGAACCAGCUUUACAAAACUCCAGUGGAGCUGCGGUUGGAUAAAAACCCUGAUCUACGAGCAAUACGCUUUGCCUCCUUUAACCCCAUUCUUGAUCCCUGGAUCUACAUCCUGCUCCGCAAGGCUGUUCUCCUCAAACUCAUCGAGAAGAUCAAGUGCCUGUUUUGUAAAAUGGGAGUAAGAAGGCAACAGAGACAGGGAGCCUUCCCCUGUAUAGACGCUCAUCAGCUCUCCUUGGUCAUCUCUAACCGGGACUCUCAGUCUUUGGUGUCUCAUGACCUGCGAGAUGUCACCAGCACCUCCCAGACUUUCCUCUAUCUGCCUGAAGGAAUUGGAUUUCACACUGGAAACUGUCAUAAGGCAGACAGACUCUCUCAUUCGCAACCAUCUUCGGUCAGAAACUCGCAAGUUUCUUAUUCAUCUGAGAAGGGCAGCAUUGAGGCUGAGACCAGAGAAAUGACAAAUGUAACCACAGCUUUUUCAGCUUUGCCUUGUCCAAAAGAUCCCGCACUUCAGGUGACGUUGAACACUGAGACAGUGGAGGAGAAAUGCAUCUGACUUAAGUCAGAGGAUAGGAUUUGAGAAUGAAGUUCUCAUGUUGCUCUGAGGUAGAUGGUCUACUGAAUUACUUCUCUGUCAGAGAACUCUGAGACCCCUGAAAGAAUAGGGGUAGGCACAUAAAAAAAUAAUAAAUGACUCUUGAAGAAGUGCUGUGAACUUUGCCAUCCUGUUCUUGUCUCAGCACCCAGCUACCUCAGCGAUGACUAUUUCUGACCGUGCAAGCAGAUGUUGUCUUGCCCAAGACAGAGAUCCCUGAUGGAAAAAGCUUAUCCUUCCUAAUUUCACCUACUUUGCUCAAUAAAUAUGGAAACCUUCACUGUAAAGUAGAUGUGGCCAGUAAUUUAGAAUAAUUUAGUUACAAAUCUGUGGUUGAUAUAGUAAAGAAAACAGUUGUGAAAGUGAUUCUAAUGAGUAAUCACUCACAUGUGAGCUUCCAUUGUAAGGAUCAGUACCUUUAGACAAACUCUAUUGUGCACUGCUUUAGGACUUGGUUCCAUGACUAAUGUGCACAGUUUUCUAAUGUGGUGAAUACUGAUGUUUUUGUUCCUCAGCCCUGGAAUAUGCACAAAUAUGUCAUCUCAAAUUAUAAAACUAAAUGGUUUUCCAUCUUUCAGUGAAGGUACAAAGAUCCCUGUGCCAUAGUUAUUAGCAUCAAACUACUUAAAUCUGACUGGAAAUUAUGAACAUUGUUCCCCCAGCUACAGAAAAAGUGGUGUAAAUCAGCAGACAGAUGUUGAUUAAUGUGGAGUAUUAAGCUGUCAGGUCAAGGAAAUUGGUGUUUCUGAAUGAUCGAUGUUUUGUAAAAUAGUUUUUGUAAUAAAAUUAUUCUUCUCUACGAGAAGCUUCUAAUCAGCAAAUCCCUACAGUGUCGGGGCUACCAGUGUAAAAUACAAAUUUGUGCACAGUUACGAAUUGUGUGAGUGAUGUAGUUGACCAGUAUUCAUGCUCAUUGAUUGCUUCCAGGAUUAGAGUCCAGAAAAUCAGAACUGAAAAGCUUAUUUACAAAAUUGUAUGUGUCAUUUAGGUCUGCAGCUAACAGUUCUUUCCAUGGGUAAUUAUUCUUAUUGAAUUUUAAAUGUGUAACAUUGUGAAAAAUCCCCACAUCUCUGUUUCUAGGAGCCAAAUGUGAUGUUUUUCAAAUUGCUCAUUUUGUGCAAAAGACAAAGAUAUUAAUUUACAAUGAUAUAAAACAGAGAAACACAUACUUAGUAGGCUGGUACCAAAUUUAUUAUUAUUAUUAAAUAUUCUGGUUAUUGCUUACUAACUGAUACAACACCUGCCACUUUGAGUUCCAGUAUUAAUUAGGCAAAAAUCCAAGAUUUCUUAAUUCGGCAUCUUGGAAAAGUGCAAUUAUUUUGUCAAGCAAAGCCACAUUAUCCAUCAUAUUUCCUCAGAACACGUUUGUGAUUCUGUUCUGUAAUGCAUCUGUUCCAAUGGCAGAGUUCCUCUUUUUAAUGUUGCAAAACGUCAGCUGACACCUUCUGCUGCUGGUUUACCAAUACGAAAUACAACAGACUGAACUUUUGAACUGCUAUUUGUGUGAACUUCUUCUCUCAAACAAGCUUUUUGUCUUCAAAGCACGCAGUCUGUCUCCUUCAGCCUGUUAUUAAAUCGUCUCAGAUUGUU